AGACUGUAUCUGGAAGGCUCUGUCCUUCGAUUCUCCUGUUUGUCUGUGUAUACUUGGUGUGUACUUCGGAAGCAAGAAAGCAAUGUCAGGGCCUCAGUGCUGCGAGCAUCCGCCAAGCCUGAACCCCAACAGCGGAUCGGGCCAUGUGGAACAACUUGGAGGCCUUUCCUGUUAUAUUGCUGGCUCUCCUCAUUCCAAGCUCGCUAUUCUUCUGGUUUCUGACAUCUAUGGAUAUGAAGCUCCAAACUUCAGGAAGCUUGCAGACAAAGUUUCAGCUGCUGGAUUCUAUGUGGUGGCUCCAGACUUCUUGUAUGGGGAUCCAUAUGUGCCUGAUAAGGCUGAGAGGCCUUUACCUGUCUGGAUAAAAGAUCAUGGCAUGGAUAAAGGUUUUGAAGACACAAAGCCUGUCAUUGAAGCUCUUAAAAGUAAAGGUGUAUCUGCAAUUGGAGCUGCAGGCUUUUGCUGGGGUGCCAAGGUGGUUGUCGAACUUGCAAAGUCUGGUUAUAUCCAAGCUGCAGUGCUGUUACAUCCUUCAUUUGUUUCUUUGGAUGAUAUCAAGGGGGUUAAAGUUCCCACUGCAGUCUUGGGGGCUGAGAUUGACCAGAUGUCUCCACCGGCACUCGUGAAACAGUUUGAGGAGAUUUUAACAGCCAAACCAGGGGUUGAUGGCUUUGUGAAGAUAUUCCCAGGAGUUGCACAUGGGUGGACAGUGAGGUACAAUGCUGAAGAUGCAGGGGCUGUGAAGUGUGCUGAAGAGGCUCAUCAGGACAUGCUGGGUUGGUUUUCUAAGUAUGUCAAGUAAGAGCAUGGUUAAAUGUUGAUCUAUGUGUAAUUCCUAGUCUUCCACCAUUACAACUUGCUAGAGACAAUAGACAUCUGAAUCCUAUGGAGUGUGAUUAUCUUUAAGGUUUGAAGAAGAAAAAAACUACAAGAACACAUAUAAAAUAAUAUUGCAUCAUCAUCUAAAGAUAUGGCUUUAACCGAGUAAAGUGGUGUGCAAUUAUACUUU